AGAAAAUUUCUCUCUCUCCAAUCAGCUAAUUUGAGCAUCUCCCGCCGGAGAGAAUCGACCCGGCGGUGGCUGCCGAUCACUUUACCCCAUGAGGUCCACUGUAACACCGUCACCAUCCUCGUCGCUUCUUCCAUCCCGCUUCUUUCACAGAACUCAAGCUGCUGCUCUUCCGCCGCUCCCUCGCCGGAAUUCACUCGUAGAUCGGAAUGGAACGUUCCCGAAGGCCUUGUCGCAGAAUCGGCUCGCGGUUACGUCGCCGGUGAAUCGAGUUGUUAUUGCUGCCGCCGCCGUCACGCCUGCCUCGCCGCAAAUCGAAGAAGAUGCUCCGUCGGCAGCGAUUCCUUCGGGAGCCGACGUGGUGAGGAGAUUCUACGACGGAAUCAACCGCCGGGAUCUGGAUUCCGUCGAGGGGCUCAUCGCCGAGAAGUGCGUCUACGAGGACCUUAUCUUCCCCAAUCCCUUCGUUGGCCGUAAGGCGAUCAUGGAGUUCUUCAACAAGUUCGUCGACUCGAUCAGCGGGGAUCUCAAGUUCGCCAUUGACGAUAUCUCGGCCGAUGAUUCUUUAGCCGUUGGAGUUACCUGGCAUCUGGAAUGGAAGGGGAAGCCUUUCCCGUUCAGUAAAGGCUGCAGCUUUUACCGUCUGGAGGUUAACAAUGGCCAGCGACAGAUAAUUUACGCGAGGGAUAGCGUGGAGCCUGCUCUGAAGCCCGGAGAGGCAGCAUUGACAGCUAUCAGGGGAGUGACUUGGUUGCUGCAGCAGUUUCCACAGCUAGCAGACAGACUUCCACAAUGACCUCUCCACAGCUGUAUCAUUCGUGUUGAGAGGUUCCAUUGGAUAGUUAAUUAUACGACUAUACAUAAAUCCUUUUUCUGUAUGUAGGAUGUAAAUUUGGAAGAGAGAAAUGGGAAAAGAUCAGCAUCCUUAUCGUGGAUAACUGAAUUAGGAAAAGCAAUAGCCAAAAAAUAAAGGUAGUUGAGGAUGCAUGGUGAUGGUGUAUCAAUGUUAUAGCCUGGGGUAGAUUUUCAUUUUGUAAUGUGAAUAUGUUCCAAGAUGUUUAUGUAUGGUUAUGUAAGAGAAUAGAAGAUCGAUAUAAGAUCCAUCUUCGACCUCUUAAAACCAUUUGAGCGCUAUUGGUAUCAAAGACUAGCGUAUUUCUAUCAACUCACGAUAAUCAUCAAUGAUGCUUGAAUAUAGAUUCGGUGAAGAAAAACCUGAGUUACUUAAGAAUAACUGAUAUUUCGAGAU